GCCGAUCCCAACGAGCACAACUGCAAUGAAUUGACGCCCCUCAAAGUCUCCGUGGGUGCGCGAAACCUGCCACUGACCCGGCUGCUACUGGCCGCCGGGGCGAAACUCACGCCCAUGGUCGUUAAACAGGCUACCCACUGUGGCCACAUAGAGAUGGUGCAGCUGCUCUUGGAUGCCGUGGCGGCCUCAGAUCCGGGUGCACUGUUCAUGUACCGCAAGGCGACGCUCAUCUACGCCGCCAUCACGGGGCAGCUAGUCAUCCUGCGCCAUCUCCUCUUGGAUCUCGUGGAUGUCGACCGACGCGACCCGCUUUGGAGCGAUGUGUUCUACGAAGCUGCGCUAUACAGCCGCCUAGACGCGCUGCGCAUGCUCUUCAAACACGGGACACACCCCGGCCGCACAGGGCAAGUCAUGCUUUUGUCGGCCGAACAGAACAGACAUGAUGAUGUUGUGGAACUGCUGAUCGAGAACCAUGUGCCGGAGAACGACCCCGCGGAGAUCGCGAGCUUCAUGUGCAAAAUCGUCAGGUGGGGACGGCUCUCAACAGUUAAUCGGCUCAUUGCCGCCGGUUACCCGGCUGACAUCCCCGAUCCAACUAGCGGACGCACGCCGUUGUCGUUCGCGGCCCAACGGAGCAAUAUCGCCAUGAUGCGGGUGCUGAUCAAGGCGGGCGCCGACCCGUUGGUCCACUAUCAUAACGGAUGGAUGCCCCUCGGGUGAAUGUAAGUGCGCCGUCAGAGGAAGGUGCUCAUCGUGCUGUAUCGCCAUCGUUGGUGUUACGAAGUGCGCGCGACCCCCUUCUCGCCAUGACCCAGGGUCAGCUCGCCAAGUAGACGGGUCGGAUUCCAUCUCCACAAAAGCCUGGCGCUUCCAACCUGGGUAUCGUGCUAGGUGGGGAUCCAUUCUUCUAUGGUAUACCUUAGGAGACGAUCCGUGGAGGCGAGCAAACUGAUAUACACUCGAGAUUGAUUGAUACCAAUGCGAUAGAUCACGGAUACUGAGUAUAUGGAUCCCCCAUGCUUAGUUCUUGGAUUUUUGCAAGAUUCCUUCGGUUGAGAUUGGAAUGGCGUAUUGGGUCGAGAUGGUUGUCUGUUUACAAGCUGGGCGUUGGCGUAAUUGAGACGAUGGUACGAAAUACUAAUGCAGGAUCGCGGAGAAUCAAAGAUGGCUAGUUUGAUAUAAUCCGC